AUGUCAACAUCUGUAUGGCUGAAUUUCUUCUACUACACCCAGAUCGUCCCUGCCCAGCGAGCUCUCUUCACCUGGGUGAAGAGGAACAUCAAAAGCAUCAUCUACUGGGGCCUAUUUGGAGACAGGAUGUUCUUUAUGUUUCAAUUUGCUGUGAGGGCUACAGGAGAAUUCUAUUCCUCAGGAGAGGGGCCUUCUAAUACCACAGGUUUCACAUCAACUUAUUCCACUCCAAAAGAUGAUGCUGCCUUUCUAAAAGAUGUCCUGCUUGACACAUCGACAGCAAGUCUGUUUUUGGAAAUGAUCUACGUCUUUUUUUGCCUCUGUGUGAUGGUGGGGUCAAGCUGUGCCACGGUGUGCUACCUGCACAGACACAUGAAGAGCAUGAAAGAGAGCGGCAGCCCCUUCUCCUCUCCCCGACUGCACAGUCAGAUGAGGGUCACCAUCACCGGUAUCCUGCAGGGAAUUCUCUUCUUCUUUACAGCAGUGUGGAUUUUCAUUCAUUACUUUAGCAACGUUCUUCCCUCAACAUACUUUGACGAUAAAACCUUGUACACAGUAAUCUCUCUCUACAUGUUCGGCACCACUUUGAACCUGGGCAUCGGUCAGGCUGUUUUCAGACAGAGGGCAGCUGAUAUUUGUCUCAAAGCCCAUCAGGAUGUAAAAUCAUUGAAGCUAUGA